GGCUCUGCCGGAGCAAGAGGAAAACACGCAGUGAGCAACGGGGAAAGCAAACCUCAUAACCCAUCCCAAAGAGCCGGGGUACAAGCACAGCCCUCUGUGCCCCCCAACUCACAAACGGGGCCAUCAGUCCCAAGUGUGGGUGAAAAUCAAUGGGGAUCGUGACCCGAAAUUGCGACCACGGGUGCAAGGGGGAAAACCCUUUAUCAGAAGAGCAAAACUAAGAGAAUUUGGGUUCAGCUCAUAGAAACCCAGUGCAGUGAGCAAUGAUUGAUCAGAGCAACAUGUUGGACCGCCAGGAAAGCUUCCACCCCAAAUACAGGCAAGCCUGGAUGGUCUGUGGGCUGGUGGUUGUGGUGAUGCUAAUUGCAGCCCUGACUUCUUCUAUGUUCCUGCUGGCCACCAAACCAAAGAACACAGUGCCGGGGUCCAUGGAGGAGCUGGGGCAGCAGCUCUCCCAGCUGCAGCAGCAGAGGGAGCAGCAGGAUGCCGCGAUCAAACAACUGCAAGAGGACAACAGGGCGCUCCAGGAGGAGAUGGCACAGCAGAGGGAGCAGCUGGAGGAGGUGCAGAGCCAAGGGAACAGCUUCCAGGAGCAGAUCCAGCAGCAGAUCCAGCUGUUGACAUCGUGGAUCUUGGACUUACAGAGCCACAGCUCCGGUGCAAGCACAGCAAUGCCCUCCUGCCCAGCCAUGGCCCUGAGCCUCCUCAUGACUCUGCUGACUGCAAAGUGGCUGCACUGAGCACGGUGACACGGACCUGGGUGGCCUUUAUCAGUCUGGGGCCAUGGGGACAUCAUGGGUAGAUAGUUUGAUAAGUGCUGGCCCGAGGUGAGAUGGGGACAAGGCACAUGCAGGGCACAGCGGUGCCGAGUCUAAACCGACUUCCAAUAAACCUUAAUGUAAAUCCAAAGCGUUCUGCUCCUUCAGUGCCCUGUGGGGAGGCGGAUGGCACAGCCCUGCAGCGUGGCUUCAUCCAGAGGCUGAGCAUCCUCCCACACACAGCACAAACCACAUUGCCAUGAGCUGGGACAGGAGAGAAACCACCACCCGGAGCAAGCGGGCACAACCCAGCGGCAUCAUCCCACGUCUCCAUCAUGGACCCCGCGGUGCCCAGAGCCACGCUGAAGGCAAUGGGGCUGUGCACGCUGCUGGUGCUGCUGGUGGCAGCGGUGACAGCGGCGGUGGCGGUGCUGCUGUGGCGUUCGGAAGCGUUGGGGAAACUGCGGGGCUGCCGGGAGAGGGCGGCCAACGAGAGCCGUGAGCUGGAACUGCGGGUGGCACAGCUGGAAAAGGAGCGAGACCGACUGCAGAGAGUGGUGGAUGAGAGGAAGAAGGUGGAGGAUGAGAUGAGACGGGAGCUCAGCCGAGUGCGUGAGGAUGGGGAGAAGCUGAGCUCCAGCCUGCGGUCCUGCCGGGAGCAGGCGGUCAGGCUGGAAUCCAACAUCACAGCGCUGCAGGAUGAGCUGCGGGGGCUGCGGCGCCAGAAGGCUGAACUGUCCCGCAGGAACUCAGCCCUGCAAGAGGAGCUGGCUCAGGGGGCAGAACGGGCGCUGGGGCUGCAGAGGAGGCUGGAAGAGACGGCGGAGCAGCGGAGAGCGCUGCGGGCACGAGGGGAGCGAUGCGAGGAGCGACAGCGGGAGCUCGAGGCCACGCUGAGGGAUCGUGCAGCUGAGUUGGAUGCGUUACGGAGGCGGUUGGGGCCCCGCACUGCGCGGCGCAGGUGCUCCCCUUCCCGGAAGAGCUGAAGUCCCGCAGCAUCCUCCUGUCUGGCUUCGCUUUGCCAGCACGGACACCACACUCAGAACGGCACCAGCCCUACAGCAAUGAGAACCAGGGCUGCCCAUCACUCCCAGUCCCACCAGCACUGGGACCAGCAGCAGCUCAGCCCCUCUGCACUCAGCAGAGCUGGCACAGCACCAACGAUGCUCCCCACAUCCCCUUGUGUCCCCCCCCCCAGCACCACACUGAGCAGCUGUGGGUGCUGCUUGCUUGCUGAUGGCGAGCAGUCCUUGCUCUGAGGUUACCCAGAGCCAUUCAUUAAUCAUUAAUUCACUGAUUAAACAGGAAUGGUGCUCCAUGA